CAAUCUUCACACAAAGGGAAAUCACUAUCCAUAUAGCAAUAAUCGUUGAAACGUUGCUCGAAAAGGGUUGGUGAGGAUAGUUUACAUCAUCUUCAAAACGGCAGAAUUCUGAUAUUGUGACAUUCUAUAUAAACACAGACUGAAGGUAAGCCAGCACAAUGCCAUGCUGGUAUUUUGACAGAAAAGAAAUUCGAAACUCACCUUCACAUCAGGAUGGUAUUGACCAGUCUACAGAAAACCGAUAUCGAAGAGAAGGAGCUAGACUUAUCUUGGAUGCAGGAAAUAAACUUGGACUUCGAUAUGAUACCUGUGCAACAGGUGUCGUUUUUUUCCAUAGAUUCUACAUGUUUCAUUCUUUUAGAGAAUUUCACCGCUAUGUGAUGGGCUCUUGCUGCCUGUUUCUGGCAGGAAAAGUAGAGGAAACCCCCAAAAAAUGCAAGGACAUCAUCAGGACUGUGCAGAAUUUGCUAAGCCCUGAAGCAUUCCUAGCUUUUGGGGAAGAUCCCAGGGAGGAAGUGAUGACCAUGGAGCGCAUUUUACUCAAAACUAUUAAGUUUGACCUUCAGGUGGAGCACCCUUAUAGCCUUCUGCUCAGCUUUACCAAACAGAUAAAAGGCGAUAAGGAAAAAAUCCAGAAGAUGGCUCAGAUGUCCUGGACAUUCAUUAAUGAUAGCUUGUGUACCACACUGUGUCUGCAGUGGGAACCUGAAAUUAUUGCUGUCUCCCUUAUGUACCUUGCAUCUCGAUUGACCAAAUUUGAACCCCAGGACUGGCAAGGCCGGCUGGUAGGCAGCAAGUCCAAGUGGUGGGAAGACCUUGUUGAAGGCAUGUCUAUGGAGCUUAUGGAAGACAUCUGCCACCAGGUUUUGGAUUUGUACUCAGCCCAGCAGCAGAGUUCCAGAGAAGUGUCACCUCCACUACUGCCAGGUUCUCGCACAAACCGGCCACAGAAUACACCACCACUUCCACCACCAUCUGUUGAUUCUGCACCAUCCAAGCGCAUCAGAAUGCAGGAAAGUCCAAAAGAAAUUCAACCAUUAGAAAGCAAACCAAGAAAAGGAUCUGCAAACAAGAGAGAAAGAGUGGAUGACAUCAGCAAAGUGGUUCCUCUUAAAAAUGCUGCACCUGUCUCCAAGACAUCUUCCCCAGAAUCAAGAUCUGAGCCUCCUGUACCAACAGCAGUUUCUCUUGGUGGACAUACAACUACUGUUCUGCCAACUACUGCCAGCUCUGUCAACCCUUAUGUAUCUACCAGCAUGUACUCGUCGUCCUUCAUGUCCCAGGAAGGCUCUCAGUCUAUCCAGUCUCUUCUUGGUGGCAAUCCGCCAUCAUCACAGCCACCUCCACCGUACACAGCAUAUGCCCCACCUACAAAUACUGCUGCUUACCCUCCACCCCCUGCACCUUAUACACCCAAUCCAUACCCGUACCCUCCUCCUCCUGGUACUCCAGCCCAGUACCAGGCAGCUCCUUACACUUCACCAUACACUCCAGCACCUCCCACAACAACAACUUCUGCCUACCUCCCUCCACCUGCUCCCUAUGGUCCACCCCCUCCCAGUCUCCCUCCUCCCACCCAGCAUAUGCCCUACCCUUCAUACCCACCACCCAUGGCCCAACCACCACCAACAGGUCCUCCACCACCUUUUCCCCCUCCACCUGCAUUUGGUGGGCCUCCUCCUCCAGGACCUCCUCCUGGAGGGUAUAGGGGUCCUGCCCCACCUGGUAGCAUGCCACCAAUCGGAGGGCCACCUCAUGGGCCCAGAGGACCACGCAUUCCCAAGGGUAAAGGGGGUAAUUCAGGACAAGGGACAUCAACAGGUCUUGCAAAGGUGCGCAUAACAGAGAGACAGAAUGUACGCUUAACAUAAGCUCUUAACUUUGGUAAACUGCUUUGGCACCUGAUGAAGAUUUCUUUAUUUCUAGCACUUACUGAAGAGAUGUUGCUUCCAGCUUGAGGUGACAUGAGUAAUUAAGCACAUGUUUCUGUCAUUAUUGCCAGAUUUUUGUUGAUAUUUUUGUUUGGGGAUGUUUUUAUGUCCACAUUUUGUUGAACUGUCAUUGGGUGCAUGUGAUGACUGAAAUAUACAUGUUCAAAUAAACAUCUGUUGUCAUAGCAACA